UAUGUCAAAACUGCGGUAUCGUGUAUAUACAGGCUAAAAUACUGUGAUUUUUACAAUACUUGGCUACCAAACAUAGCCUUAGUGCCGACACCAACCAACCAUCAGAAAGAGAAAGAGAGAGAAUAAAGCAAAUGAAAGCAUCUAGGGGAAACUUAUCACCUCAUUCACACGGCUUUGAUUUGAUGCUUUGCUGGGAUCGGAGGGAGGGAUGCUUUGUCGAGAGAGCGAGGGACGAUGCUUUGCUGUCGGUGAUCAUUUUAAGCAAGCCCUCCCGUCCAGACUAUAUAUAUACGUCCUGAGCAACGCCUGCAUACAACCGCCAACGCCUCCAACCACUUCUUGCACUUGAUUGCAGCCAUCUUCCAAAAAAGCAAAAAAAAAAAAGUAGAGAGUAUAUGUAUACCUAGCCAUGGCGUAGUUACCAGCAGCUAGUUAACGAUAUUCUGAAAAAAAAAGACAAAAAAAAAGUAGUUAGCCAUAGCUGUAAUGGAGGGCGGCGCCAUCAGCUGGGCGCAAUGGGUGGUGGGGAAGGCGCUGAGCCCGCUAUCCGACGGCCUGGUCGAGGCUUGGGCGGCCACCAAGGACCUCCACCCCAACAUCAAGGCCAUCAAGAUGGAGCUGCUCAAUGCACAGGCCAUACUCCACACUGCCGGCACAAGGGAGAUCCACAACCCCGCUCUGUCGGAGUUGCUUCAGAUGUUGCGGGGCUUGGGGUACCUCGCAGACGAUGUCCUGGACGAGCUCGACUACUUCCGCAUCCAGGACGAGCUUGACGGCACCUCUGAGACCAUCCAUGACCUCGGGUGUGUCCGCAACCUCGUCCGAGACGCUCGCCAUGUGGCCUCUGCUGCCGCCAGGCAGCUCUCGUGCGCCUCUGUUCGUGAUUCCACCGACCGAGUCGAGGGGGUGUCCUGCAAGUGCGUGCGCCGGCUGGCCUCCCAUGCCCGUACCACCGCCCAAGCUGCCGGUGCCGCCGCCAAGCAGCUCUGGUGCGCUUCAUGCUUGACGAAUUCUCAUGGGUCUGCUGAGGAGUCCUGUAAGUGUGCGCGCCGCCUCGCCUCCCGUGCUCGUACCACCACCCAUGCCUUCGGUAAACAAUUCCUCUGCUCUUCUUUUCUACCUGUUCGUGAAGAUGAAGAUAGUAAGCACGCCCCUAGAGAACCAAAGUUGAAAUUUGAUAGGGUGGACGUCUCUACAAGAAUGAAAUAUAUCGCGGACGAGCUAAAGCCCAUGUGUGCUAAGGUCUCCACCAUUCUUGGUCUAGAGUUAUUGAGCUCUAGCCAUGACAUUGGUAAUGUUGCCUCUACAAGUAGACCCAUAACCACUUCACAAUCUUUAGAGCCUAGAUUGCAUGGGAGGGAACGUCAGCAGAACGAUAUUGUCCGGGAAAUUAUAAUGGGUGGAGAUCUCACCAUUAUUCCUAUAGUUGGUCCAGGAGGCAUAGGAAAGACAACUCUCACUCAGUACAUAUACAACAGCAAAGAAGUGCAAGAUCAUUUCAAAAUAAGAGUUUGGGUGUGUGUAUCUACCGACUUUAGUGUGUAUAGGUUGACACAAGAGAUUGUGCACUCCAUCCCUAAAGCAGAAGGCGAACAAAAUGAUAGAGAAAGUAAUGAGUUACAAAACUUGGACCAACUUCAGAAAUUAAUUGAAAAAAGGCUGAAAAAUAAAAGAUUUUUAGUAGUUUUGGAUGAUAUAUGGAAAUAUGGUAAUGAAGAUGAGUGGAAAAGAUUCUUAGUUCCCUUUGAAAAACAGAAAGGAAACGGUGAUACAGUUCUAGUCACAACCAGAUUCCUUGAAGCAGCUAAAAUGGUUAAGACAGGAGAUAAAUUGUUUGAACUAGAAGGUUUGAAACCGGAAGAAUAUUGGAGCCUUUUCCUAGCAUCUGUGGUUGAUAAAAUUGAUCAUGAUUUGGACUUAAUUAAAAUCGGGAAAAAGAUUGUAGAAAAAUUGAAGGGCUCUCCCCUUGCGGCAAAAACAGUGGGUAGAUUGUUGAGAAAAAAUCUAACUGUAGAACAUUGGACAAGAGUUCUUGAAAGUAAAGAAUGGGAAUCACAGACCAGUGAUCAUGAUAUCAUGCCCGCACUAAAGCUUAGCUAUGACUACCUCCCUUUUAACCUGCAGCAAUGCUUUUCCUCUUGUGCAUUAUUUCCGGAAGAUUACAAGUUUGACUGCGAGGAGCUAAUUCACUUCUGGAUAGGACUUGACAUUCUACGCCCAGAUAAAAGAAUCAAAAGAACUGAAGAGAUAGGGCUUAACAAUUUGAAUGACUUAGUUAAUUAUGGAUUUUUCAAAAAAGAAAUAGGUGAUUCCGGUACACACUAUGUUAUGCAUGAUCUGCUACAUGAUUUAGCAUUGAAGGUUUCCUCACAAGAAUGUCUACAUAUAGCUUUUUCUAUUCCAAGAGGUGUAGAAAUUGCACCAUCUGUCUACCAUUUGUCCAUUAGUAUGAGUGAUUCUGCCGAUAGUAAGGAUGGAUUUGUGGAAGAAAAAUUUAGGAGAGUUUUGGAUAAAUUAAGGAACAUAUUGAAUUUUAAGAACCUGCGCACUUUGAUGUUGUUUGGAAACUAUGAUGCAAUGUUUGUUCGUAUAUUCGGUGCUUUAUUCAAAGAUACAAAAUCGUUGCGUGUUGUAUAUUUGUCAACAAUGUGCUACCCUGUGGAGUCUCUAUUGCACAACAUCUCAAAACUUGUCCAUCUUCGCUACCUACGGGUUGCAUCAACGUAUGGUAUUCAAAAACAUUUACCAAGGAGUAUAUCAAGAUUUUAUCAUUUAAGGGUACUAGAUAUAAGUGGCUGGAAUGGUCCUCAUAGUUCGCUCGGAGAUAUUGCAAACCUUGUAAAAUUGCGUCAUUUUCUUCUCCCACCUUAUGCUUGUGAUGAUGAAUAUAGUGAAUUUCAUUCGAAUAUUUGUAAUGUGGGAAGACUGCAUAACUUACAAGAACUACGGAGUUUUGAAGUUAGAAGAGAAAGUAGUGGUUUUGAACUAAGGGAGCUGGGGAAACUAGAAGAGCUAGGAGGAUCACUUGCCAUCCAUAGUCUUGAGAAAGCAUUAGCAAAUGAGGCACAUGACGCAAAACUAUCAUACAAAAACCGCUUGCACAAAUUAACACUCAGUUGGAAGAAAGGCCGACCUAAUGUGAGUCCUGACUUAGAAGAUCAAGUACUGGAAAGUCUACGGCCACAUAGCAAUCUUCAUGAUCUAUGCAUUGAUGGGCAUGGGGGCCCUACUUGCCCUACAUGGCUGGGUACAAAUCUGUCCACCAAAGGUCUGGAGGCUCUCCGCCUAAAGCACACAGAUUGGGAAUUCCUUCCACCCCUUGGAGAACUAUAUCUGAUUCGUGAGUCUGGAGAAGAGUAUUUAGGUUGCAUCAGAGGCACAUGCUUUCGUAACUUGAAAAGGGUAGAACUCAUUGGGUUGCCAAGAUUUAGUAGAUGGGCAGCAAAUGAUGUUUGCCCUUGGUACUUUUCACUUAUAGAAGUACUCGUUGUGAAGGAUUGCCCUGAACUAACCGAGUUACCAUUUUCAUCUUAUACCAGCUGCUGCCCGCUGGAAAGUGAUUCGAAUGUGACCUGGUUUCCUAGGUUAAACACAAUUGAUAUUGAGUAUUGCCCAAAACUGUUGUCGCUGCCUCCUAUUCCUUAUAGUCACACUUUGUGCUCUGUUAUAGUACUGGGACUUGUAGGAAGAGGUCUGGAGGGAUUAGUGUACUCAAACAAAUCAAACAGUUUGAUCAUAGAAGGAAGUGAUGCUCUGCAUGUCCUAGAUGAUACAAUCUUGGCGUUCCAUAAUUUAACCCAACUACAAGAACUACAUAUCAAAAAUAGCCCAUCUCUGGCUGAAACACACCUUCAAAUGCUAACCUCAUUGAAGGUCCUCAUUGUCGAGGAUUGCCCUGAACUAACUGAAUUAACAAUUUUAUCUAAUACUAGUCGCUACCCCUCAGAAAGAGAUUUGAAUGUGACCUGGUUUCCUAGGCUAAACACGAUUGAAAUUGCGGGUUGCCCAAAACUGUUGUCGCUGCCUCCUAUUCCUUAUAGUCACACUUUGUGCUCUGUUAUAGUACUGGGACUUGUAGGAAGAGGUCUGGAGGGAUUAGUGUACUCAAACAAAUCAAACAGUUUGAUCAUAGAAGGAAGUGAUGCUCUGCAUGUCCUAGAUGAUACAAUCUUGGCGUUCCAUAAUUUAACCCAACUACAAGAACUACAUAUCAAAAAUAGCCCAUCUCUGGCUGAAACACACCUUCAAAUGCUAACCUCAUUGAAGGUCCUCAUUGUCGAGGAUUGCCCUGAACUAACUGAAUUAACAAUUUUAUCUAAUACUAGUCGCUACCCCUCAGAAAGAGAUUUGAAUGUGACCUGGUUUCCUAGGCUAAACACGAUUGAAAUUGCGGGUUGCCCAAAACUGUUGUCGCUGCCUCCUAUUCCUUAUAGUCACACUUUGUGCUUUGUUACACUAUCGGGACUUGUAGGAAGAGGUCUGGUGGAGCUAGAUUACUCACACGAAUCAAGCCGUUUGAGCAUAGAAGGAAGUGAUGCUCUGCAUAGCCUAGAUGAGACAGUCUUGGCGUUCCAUAAUUUAACCCAACUACAAAGCUUGACUAUUAAAAAUUGCCCACCUCUGGCGGAGAAACACCUUCAAAUGCUAACCUCGUUGAAGACCCUCGACAUAGAUGGUUCAAGCAUUACGUUCCAGGGAGUUGGGGAGGCCAUUAUUUGGCAGCUUCCAGUUAACAGAUUAGAGAUAAAUGGUAGUUGGAGUGGUAGCUGGAAGGAAGUGACACAUCUACUGACUCAUCUCCCCGAGCUCUCUCACUUGUCUAUAUGUGGAAGGGGACGUGAGAAGAUAUUGACAGGGUUGGGCCUGGACGUGCAGCAACAAACAGCAGCAUCUUCAGCUGCUAAAUUGCAGCAGCAGGAUACAUAUAGAACAGCAGAUCCACAAGAAGAAGGAGAAGAUGACGACGAUGGGCUGCUGCUCUUACCGGCCCAUCUCUCCUACUCUCUCCAGGAGUUGGGCAUCAAAGAUUGUCCAGAGCUUGUCCUUAGGAGCCACGGGACAGGUCUGCAAUUCAUGGGCUCCCUCAACACAAUGAAAAUAGCAGGUUGCCCCAACUUCCUGUGUGCCUACAAGGCCUUGUCGGAUCUCUGCCCUUUCCCGUCCACCCUGCAAUCCCUCAGCCUUGGAGGUGGUAUGGAGGGCAUGGAGACGCUGGCUCCCCUCUCCAACCUCACCUCUCUCGAGACAUUAAGCAUUCGGGAUUUGGGGGAUGAUUUUAGGUGCGACGGCUUGCUGCCUCUCCUUACCCAAGGUCAGCUCACCGCAUUAAGUGUCAGCGACAGCCCCAAAUUCUUUGCUGGCAUUCAGGCGGUCUCCAAACUGCAGGAACUCGUGACGGACGACAUCGCAGCAGUCUUAACCGCGCCCAUCUGCCGCCUCCUCUCUUCCUCCCUCACCAAAUUAUCCUUUCAUGAUAAAGAGGUGGAUCGCUUGAGCAAGGAGCAAGAGGAGGCUCUUUCUCUCCUCACCUCCCUCCAGGAGCUCAAAUUUGGGUGGUGCAUCAAGCUGCGGUGCCUCCCAGCCAUGAAGUCGCUGCACAAGCUCACCAACCUCAAGAGAUUGGAGAUCUGGGCCUGUCCAGCCAUGAGGUCGCUGCCAAAGAAUGGCCUCCCCACCUCGCUGCAAGAAUUAGAGGUCUACAGUUGCACCAACCUCCGGUGCCUCCCAGCACGGCUGCAAAAGCUCACCAACCUCAGGAUACUGAAGAUCUGGUACUGUCCAGCCAUGAGGUCGCUGCCAAAGAAUGGCCUCCCCAGCUCCCUGCAAGAGUUAGAGGUCUUCAGAUGCACCAACCUCCGGUGUCUCCCAGCAGGGCUGCACAAGCUCACCAACCUCAGGAUACUGAAGAUCUGGUACUGUCUAGCCAUGAGGUCGCUGCCAAAGAAUGGCCUCCCCACCUCGCUGCAAGAGUUAGAUGUCCGCGAUUGCAAAAAUGAGGAGCUAACACAGCAAUGCAGACGGUUAAUCGGGGGCAUCCCAUUAAUCAGACUAGACUACUUUUCCUGAUCCAAGGUAAUUAACAACCACUUCCUUGCUUUUCCUGAUCCAAGACCACACACACAGGCUUCUUGGGAUUCCAAUGUACAUUCUUCUAGCUCCCCUUGUAGGACUAUCUCCAUCCAUGCACACGACAUGUGUGGUAUCUUCUCCCUCUACAUAAAUCUAUAUAUCUGAAAAUGCCAUGCAGUACGUCCUGGGUAUGAUACUUAUUCCAACAGAUGUGAAUUAAUGCUAGUCUUUUGCCACCUUACCGCUGAAGCCAUCAAUAGGCAGGAGUGAUGGAUCAGUCAGGAACUUUGAGAUGGUUUUGUUCCUGGUUAUCUAGCACUUCAUAAAUUCAAAAUUGUAUUAUUCACUGCACGUGAAGCAAUGAAAGUUAUAUAUGGACUAGUCUUCAACGGAUUUCAAGUUAGUCAACUGUCUCGAUGAUGCACAAGUCAAGGAAGCUAUAUGAAUCUGCCAUUUGUCUUGAACCUGAAAUUCUCAGAGCUGCAUUGUCACUGGGUGAUUUGCAUGUUGGUGGACGCCACAAACAAGACGCCUUCCCGUUUGGUGCUUGUAUAACCUAGAUAGUUGACAAAGAAUCAAUAGAAACGCUUCCAUUUCCAAACUAACAAAAAUUUCCGCUAAGGUUAGGAAAUAGCUGAAGACCAGAAUGCGGACAUGAAGUUAAUGAAAGAAUGGUAAACAGUUUUCUCGCUUUAUUCAAAUGCUAGUUUACCUUGGAUCGUGCAUAUAAUUUAUUUGGUCACAUUCUAGCCCUCACAUAAUCCCAAGAUUGACUCAUCAAAAUCCCAAGAGUUGAGUGCAAUAAGUUGGUGUCACUCUGAUUGGUUUAGAUUAUUAUUUUGUCCCACCAGAGCCAUACAUAAUAAAAACUAAACCACCGUUUGUGCAAUCUGAAUAUUUGGUGAGCUUUGUUAACUAUGUAUCCGUCUAGUCAGAAGCUCUUGAAAGCCAGUCAUUCUCCUUCUUUCCUUCGAUUGCUACUCCAUUCGACACUUUUCAGUGCAAUCUUGCAUACUUGAUUGGUGUAUCCAUUCACCAUGUAUUAGCCAUGUAGAGUUUGCAUACUGCUCUUUCAUAUUUAGGGUGCUCAGCGGGCAUUGAUUUACUCCCCACAAUCCUUUGUAAACAGAAGCAUCCAUCUAGUCGGCAAGUCUUAAGAAAAUACUUAUUAAAAAGAGGGGAAAAGAGUGUUGGGAAUCUAGAGCCAAAAGAGAAAAAAGAGAAAGGAAAAAGAAAAAAGAGUGCUGGCAAUCAAAAUUUAAGAGGCUCUGAUUUUUUGGUGGGAGGAGUCAAUUAACGCAAACUUCAUAUCAUUGUGCAAUCAUCAGCUGCUGUCCAUGAGGUAUCCAUAUCCGAUAAUGACGACAUCACUAUUUCUAGGGACCACCUUCUGCCUCUCUGAUCAUUCUUUUUCCUUUUGACAUAUUGUUUUCCCCAUGUGACUGGAACGACAAGGCUUCAUUGUACUAGUUUCGGAUACUUAAUUAACUUUGCAAUAACUGAAUUUCAGGUUUGCUUAGUCCAUUACCCAACCAAACCACACAUACAUAAGCCUCCACACAUGCAUAUAUAUUUUAGUGGUAGGGAGAUCUUGGCAAACGGCCAGUGAGGAGCCAUAUAGGUACGUGUGAUUGAGAGAGAUUCUAGAUCAUGAAGAGUAACUCCACACUAAAAGCUUACUACUCUUGGGACAAGUUUUAGCACUCAUGCUUGUUGAAGGAGAUCAAAACUGGACAGCAACCUAAGUGACUUAUUGUUGAACAACUUAACAAAAAAAACUUAAAUGCCUGACGGCUGUGAGGGCAUUAGGAUGCGACCAUGUAAAUUUGUGCAUUAUCUGUUGUAAGCUUGCAGGUUUAUGAAGGUUGAGAACAACUAAGGACCCUUCUCCAUACGAUCUUCAUUGUAUCAAUCACAUCUUAUGUCGGAACAGAGGACGCUAUACAACCAAGUUUCCAGAAGAAUCCUGAGACUCAUAUUGAUGAGAAUUCCUCUUCCACAACUCGUCAACAGAAGAUUAAACCUAGGGAUCUUGUGUCGAUUGGAGAUCCGUCAAACCAUUUGUAAUGGAAGAGAGGAUUAAUACUAUUCACCUUCUGUACAAAGAUUGCUGUGAGUCUUCAUCUUUUCACUGGUGGUCUGCAUAGAAGGAGAAGAUUAUGUGUCUGCAUGUGUUCUCACUGACGCUGGAGGCAUGUCCGGGCAUAACAUUCAUUCCAGGAGAAGUAUGGAGCAAGUGUCUAUUGUUGAAUGUGCAGACCUUGUGUCAAUCGGUGUAGCAGGGGCAAUCGUAGAACUGAGGACGGUGACUAAGGAGGACAUGCACCGUCAAAAACUAUGGAGGACAUGGAGUAGCCUCAGAGGAGAGGCUUGUGAAAAAGGAAAAUUGAUAUGGGCGACAUGUUCUUCUAACGGGAACAAAUGGUAGCAGAAUCCAUAAUAACUAAGAUAAGAGAAUGUUAAGUGGGAUUUAGUUUGAUUGAAACAAACCUUGGCCGUCUGACGCCGUCGGUUUUUUAUACAACUGAGCUAGCGAGGCGCGGGCGGGGGAGGGAUGACUGCUGCGGCGGGAGGCGCAGGAGGAUCUCCGACUCCGAGAGCAGGUCGUCGUCGGCCAAGCAGGAGCGCCGGCGGCGGCGGAGUGGGGAGCCGAGUGCAGUGCAGGCCGUAAAGUGAAGAGGUCGGGAGCCCAAAACUGGGCUGGACUUAAAAGCCCAAAACUACGCUUACUGUCGUUUCCCCUAGUGGGCUCAUGAAAAUGCAUUGUGUUUCUGCCUUUGGUUUUUAUAUGUUUUUUUCUUGGUUUUGUUCAUUUUUUCUUUCUCUUUUGUUUAUUUUUUAUUUUUCCUUUGUUUAUAUUUUCCUUUUCUUCUUUUAAAAUUUUAAAAUUCAUGAAGUUUAUAUGAAAAUCAUCCAGGAAUAAUUUUUAAAGUCACUGUGUUUACAAAACUCAUGAUUUUUUAAAUCUAAGAUUUUAAUUUACAUGCAUUUUUUAGUUGGGAACACUUUUAAAUUCACUAAUGUUUUCCAAAUACAUGAAUUUUGCAAAUUCAUGGAUAUUGUUCAAAUUGACGAAAUUUCAUUAUUGAAAUUUAUGAUUUUAACAUUUUUAAUGUACAUAUUUUUAUAUCUGGAAAAACCAGAUUUGGUUUUCUUCUCUAAAUGAUGAGGUGCUGCCGAGCAUUUUUUACUCUUUUUUUUUUGAAAAAUACGAGCGUGCUUUACUGACCAGAGACAGAGAUGAGCAAAACAAAACAACGAGCGAAAGAAAUAACAAAGGAGGUACUGGGUAUGUGCUUUGUGAUGAGGUCGUUAAUUUCUCCAUUGAAAGUGACGCGCUGUCAAGCCAGAUUAUUGGAGGCGUAUGCAAUCAGUGACGUUGUCAAGCUGGCCACUAACUUGGGAUGGCGUCAGAUCUCAUUGAAAGUGACGCGCUGGACAUUCUUAGUCUUUGGAAGUCCCAAGAAUUUGAAAUAGCUGAUAGUGCAUGACCUAUGCAAGAAGUUGAGGAGCUGCGCGGGAAUUUUACUGGCUUCAACAUAUGUUUUGUUAGACGAGAAGCCAAUCUGGCUGCUCAUCUCUAUGCUCAACAGGCUAAUGAGGUUCGUCAGAGGUGCCUUUGGAUCAACUAUGUUCCAAACUUCCUCCAUGAUUGUAUUACCCGUGAAU